AUGGAUUAUUUCUUUGAUGCUGAGUUACCUUGUACUUCCAGCGCUUUGCCUAAUCCUGAAGCACAGACAACGCAGUUUUCCGGGCAUUUAUCAAAGGGGGACUCCUCGAGCAUCACAGACGGACCUUCCAGUGAGAAUAACAGCGUCGAGAAAAUAAGAAAUAAAGUGGAGGAAUUGGUGGAAAGGAUCAACACAAGCCGUGCCAGUGAUAAAGAGAUGGACAGCUAUCAGAAGAAAUUAUCUGACAAGUUGUCAGAAAUGUGUCAGCAGUUGAAGGAUCACCUGUACUCAGUGUAUGAGGACAACAGUCGUAAGAUAGAGGGGAAGCUGACAGAGCUGUCUGAGAUUUUGAACAACUGUCAGCGUCUGAAUCAGGAUCUUCAGGAGGCCACCCAGGCCCUAUCACAUCUCAGAGACUCAUUUUGA